GGGAAAGGGGUGGGUAACUGUCCCGUUCAAGAGAAGAGAGCCGACAGGGAAAGUUGCCGGUGGGAAUAUCACUGUUUAUCAACGCAAAUCCACGACAAGCUCAAGAAUUAUGGAGAUCGAGAAAGAAAUUAAAAAGAUUACUCUGGGCCAUGAGAUUGGAGCGGGCGCAACCUGUCUGAAAUGCAAGGACAAGUGUGAAGGUUUUGAUCUUCACUUCUGGAGAAAGAUCUGCAGAAACUGCAAGUGUGGCUUGGAGGACCAUGAUGUGCACCUGGAAAGUGAGGAAGACAAGAAGGUGGGGAAGCUUUUCGAGGACACAAAGUACACAGGGCUCAUAGCCAAGCUAAAGAGAGAUGGUAUCCCGUCCUACACGGGCAACCAGGUCACCAUCUGCAUCCCGUCGCCCACCAUCAGCUCCGCUACACCUUUCUCUGCAGGCACGUUUAUCCCCGGCUCCAGCCAAGCCUAUGGCCCAAGCAGUCCAUCUGCACAUGCCCCGACUGGUGCUGUCACAGCGGCCCAAGGUGCUGGAGGUCACGUUCCUUGUGGUCCAGGAGCGGGGCAUAUUACUGCUCCAGGUGCCGGAGGUAACAUUUCUUCUGCCUCAAAAGCAGGGCAUACAGGAGCAGGACAUACGGCUGCCCCUGGAGCAGGACAUACUACUGCUCCGGGUGCUGGAGCUCACUUCCCUUCUUCCCCAGGAGAAGGGCAUACAGGUUCUCCAGGAGCAAGACCUACUGCUAUCCCAGGGGCUGGAGCUCACAGCUCUUCCGCCCCUGGGCGAGGUCAUACUGUUGUCUCCUCCUCUGCCUCACCAGCUAAAUUCCCUGGUGGGGGCUCUGCUGGGGUGGCAACUCCCACCCCAGUGCCCGCCAAAACUAAUGUGGUCAAAUCCAUCACCUAUGAAUGGGCACCACCUGGAAUCAACCAAAGCAUGGCUCUCCGCUACAUGGAGCUUCUGCCUCCUGAACGCCGGCCCAUCGUUGGUACGGCAGGAGCAGACUACCGUAAGAAGCAAAUGGCCAAGCAGCUUCCUGAACAUGACCAAGAUCCCGAACGCUGCCAUGAACUCUCGCCUGCCGAGGUCAAGCAAAUGCAGCAGUUUGUCCGCAAGUACAAGGACGAAGCGCUUGGCAUAGGCGACAUUACCCUCCCAGAAGAGAUAGGAACACAAGCAGGCCUGGCUGGUGAUAAGGGACCUCAAGGACUGGGUGUCGGAGCCAAGCCUGGUGCUGGAACACCAGGAAGACCAGGAGCUGAUUUAGCACCAGGAGACAAAGGUGAUGCUAUUGCUACCAUGGGAAGAGUUGGCACCCCAGGGGCUGCUGGGACCUCACCAAGUGGACCCUCUGGUAACUAUUCUUGCCAUCAAUGCCAGCAGCCCAUGAAGAAGGGCGAGCCAGCUGUGUUCGCCGAUCGGGCGGGCUACGAUAAACUCUGGCACCCGGGGUGCUUUGUUUGCUGUACUUGCACUGAGCUGUUGGUGGAUAUGAUCUAUUUUUGGAAGAAGGGCCAGCUGUACUGCGGCCGCCAUUAUGGAGACAGUGAGAAGCCACGAUGCGGAGGUUGUGAUGAGCUCAUCUUCAGUAAUGAAUACACCCAGGCUGAGGGUCUUAACUGGCACCUGAAGCACUUCUGCUGUUUUGACUGUGACUGUGUGUUGGCCGGAGAGACCUACGUCAUGGAGAAGGAGAAGCCUGUCUGCAAACCCUGCUACAUGAAGAAUCAUGCUGUGUGUUGUACUGCCUGUCAGAAUCCGGUUGAACCUGAAGCUCAACGCGUGUCGUACGGAGAGCACACCUGGCACGCCGAGCCCCUGUGCUUCCAAUGUUCCUGUUGUUCCAAGUGCCUGAUAGGCCAGCGCUUCAUGGCUGUGCAGGGCAUGCUGCUUUGCUCCAUGGAGUGCAAGAAGAAGAUCAUGGCCUCCUGAAAGAACAUCCUACAAAAACUAGCUCGACUCAAAACAGUGCCUAGAGCUCUAAAUGAGACAAGCUACUGUAACACACCAGUAUAUAAUGCAAUAACUGAAAAAAAAUGUAUGUAUAUGUACGACCAUAAUUUCUGUUCUUUCAAAUAAUUCAGUGGAGCAGCUACCAGUGACCCAACCAAUCAGGCCUUAGCUUUUUUAGAUAAGAUACCAAUGUCUUCAUUAAAGGAACAGUCAACCUAAAUGGA